UCUCCAACGCUUGUAGAAAAUCUGUGUCCGAAGUAAACCUUCAAAACCAAGAGACCAAUAUAGAAUUUAAAGCUCAUUAUUUGAUCAAGAUAUACGACACAACACGACAUAUGUAUGUUUAUUGUCGCCGUGCAACAACCUUUUAGAACGAAAAAAUGAAUAAAUUAAAUCGUAGUAAAAUCGAUACCACAACAUGAUGUUUAGUUUUGUUAUUACAGCUUUCUAUAACUUUUAUACGUGUGUCACAGUUUAUAAAUAAACGACCCUGUCUGUGUGUGGAAAAUUGAAAUACAAAUACACAAACGUAAAGUAUCUUUAAAGUCGGUUUAUGUUUAGUGUAUAUGCAAUACAUUAUGGAGGAAAGUUUUGGUGUAGAUAACAGACUAGGAUAUUGUGUAUUCAUUGUAACUUUAGUAUCGCUGCACUGUAUUAAUAUACUCGUCGAACGUCGCGGCAAACCAAAAUCUGCACGUGCUAAUUUAGAUUCCUGGCGUUGGCGAAAUCUUGUUAUAUCUUGGAUACAUGGUUUGGUUUGCGGCUGCUGGAGUAUAUUGAGUAUUUACAACCAUCCAGAGUUCGUGUACGACCCUGUAACAUUUAACAGUCCAAUGGUGUUUUAUAUGGUGGUAUUUUCAACAGGGUAUUUUCUGUAUGAUACAAUAGAUAUGGUGUUAAACAAGAAAUUGAUAGCAUAUUGGGAGGUCACACUUCAUCACAUAUUUGUAGUUCCUGGAUUUUGGUAUAAUUGGCAUACUAAUAUUUGUAUAGGAUACAGCCUUACUGCUUUGACAGCGGAAAUAAACAGCUUCUUUUUACAUUCCCGGAAAUUGUUACAAAUACAAAAUGUCGGAUUUGACACUAUUCUUUACCGAACAUGUAGCUACGUGAAUUUAGUUUCAUUUUUCUUGUGUAGAAUUAUACCAAUAGGAUUUAUUGUUUUUCAUCUUUUUGGUAGCCAUGGUAUUAUCCAUAGACAACAGCUAUCUGUUGUUUAUGUGAAUUGUUUUAGAGUUAUUAUGGUUAUAGUUGCUGUUGUUAAUGUUGUAUUAUUUUGGAGGUUGUUAAAGACAGAUCUAAUUCGACCUUUUCUUAAAAGCAAAAGAAAAGAACAAUUCAAAAUCAAUGGAAACAACAAUCAAACUAAAGAAGAAUAAGUUUAAGUGCCUGCUACCUGCUGUUAAUUUAAAAAUGAAAUGUUAUACUUUCGUUUCCUUCAUAAUCCGCAUUAUUUUUGUAUAAAUCUAUUUUGAUAUAAUACCAUAUUAUGUUUUACACAUUGCUUAAUAGAUUUAUAGAUGUGAAAAUUUUUAUUUUUAUGAUAUAUGAAAAUAUUUUUUUGUUAUCAUGAUGAUUUAAAACUUGUUAGAUACAAAUAGUUUUACACAGAUAUUUGCUACGAAUUUGAUUUUUUGUAAAAUUGCCUUUUUAAGUUGGCAUACAACAAUACCAUUUAGAAUGUAUCUCAAAUGGUGUUCAUUUCAUUGUGAUAGAGAGAAAAAACUUAGGAAUUUAAAAGUGUUGUUAGUAUUUCAUUGCAUUAUAUAAGGGUAUAAAAGAUGUUAAACGUUACAGUGUAAGAUUUGUGAACAUUUUUCAUUUGAGAAAUAGCCUAGGGUUGAGAUCCCAUAUAAGAGGGUCUGGAUGGGGGUCCUUCAUUUCUGUAUUCUUUAAAUUGUUAAGCCAUUUUUCUCUAUUCUUUAUACUUUUUGCCCAUUAUUCUCUAUUCUUUAUAUUUGAGCACCUCAUUAUUCUCUAUUCUUUAUUUUUUGGGUCCAUUUUUCUCUAUUCUUUAUAUUUUUUGCCCAUUAUUCUCUAUCCUGUAAACCCCUAUCCACAAUCUCAUAUAAGAGUAUAUACAGAAUUGGAUAAAAAAAUUAGUCUAGGAAAGUUAUAUUUCAAAUCAAUUAGUAAAUCAUAAUGUUUAUAUUAUUUUAAAUAAGUAUUUAAGUGUUGUCUGCUCUAUGGUCGGGUUGUUGUCCCUUUGACACAUUCCCCAUUUCCAUUCUCAAUUUUAUACAUAUAUAAUAUAUUUUCAAUUUAUACAUUGUCGGUUUAUAAAGACAAAAGUUUUAUCAAAACUAUUCAUGUCUCUAUAUCAGUGAGUUAUUGUAUAUGAACAAGUCUGAAUUGCAAGUUAACGGAUUGGUAGGGUGAUGCAUGUUUUAACAUCUGUUCCUAUUCACUGGCCAAGUUACAUUACUUGAUGAGUACAAGCAUCAUUAUGCAGGGUUUGGAGUGUGCAACUUUAUAAUGUGUUCAUUCGUUCAUUUUCAGAUAGUAUUGCUAGAAAUUUUGUGUUCAUUCGUUCAUUUGCAGAUAGUAUUGCUAGAGGUUGUAUGAUUUGUUUUUAGUGAUUUUAUUUUAUCAGUUAUUUUAACAAAUAGACGACUUUGUGAUUUCAAAGUUGAUUCAUGAAAGAUAUCUACUUUGCUCCCGAUAUGACCUGCAGAAUGAAACAUGAGAAUCGUAAACAUUGUGAAAAUAAGUUGUUUACUUUGUGUGUUUUGAUAAAUAAUAUGGUGGUUAAAGUAAGUUUAAAAAAUUGAAAAUUAUAGCGUUUAUUGUUUUUUAUACAAAUUUCAUAUUUUAUUAAUAAAUCAAUAGCUAGCAUUUUAUCCUAAAUUUACGUUUAUACAUUUUUAUAAAGUUGAAGUAUACACAUUUAUUUGAGAAUAUGAUUUCCCUGUUACACACAAUGUUGGUUUGUUUUUAUGCAAGAUGUUGCAUAAUUUCAUAAUGUUUGACAAUUAAAACUAUAGCUUAAUUUUAUGGUAACAAUAGUAUAUAGGGGUCAUUGACAAUUUCCAAAGAGCUUAUAAUUUUCAUUUGAAUUCUUCUAAUUGAAUUUAUAUUUAAGUCAUUUAUCUGUCAAAUUUGUACAAAAACCUAAAAACUUCAUUUUAUAUGUUGUGAAAUUUGAGUUUUAAUAAAAGCAAUUUUGAAAAUGAAACAUUUUAGAAUACCUGCUUUAAUAAAUCAUACGAACCCAUUUUAAAGUUGAUCUAUAUUCCAGUGUAUUGAAAUUAUCAUAGUAUGUUGAUGAUAUACAUUGUAAAUGAUAGCUAUCACUUGUAAAUUAUUUGUAACAUUAUGCUUUAUCAUAUUUGCUAUUGCAUACUUACAUGGAAAUAAUGCAGACACAUAUAUAUUCAAAAUUGUUAGACCACCUUUUCUGCAUUUCAAAACUAUAUGUCUCAUUAGUAGUGAUCGAAGCUCAAGAAAGGAAUUUGAUAUUCUAGGUCUUAUUGAUGCAUGCAUAUGUCUAUAUAUUACUUAUAGUCUGUGGAAAAGAACAAGAAAACAGUAGUUCAUAUGACAUUUUUUUUCGAAAGUAAAUCAGGACAAUUUAUGCUUCUCUGUCUUCUUUUUAACCUCUUUAAUGUAGUUAAAUGCUUUGAAUGGCUAUAGAAUAUUACAACUUUGAUGUGAAAUUGUAACAAUGAUACAGUAUAAAAACAAACACUUGUUUUAAUAAGACUUUUAGGAACAUAUUUAUGAGUUUUACAGAAAAAAAUGAGUACUAUGUUUUAACAGUUCCCCUGUAAAUAUUGAUACUAAUCUUUCUAUUGGUGCUAUUUUUGUUGUUGACCGAGUCUGUAGUUCCUUUAGAUUGUUUCAAAUAUAUCUCAAUAAACAUUGAGGGCAAAUCAAAGAAAUAUUCCAAAUAAAAAAAAGGGUGAAGUGCCUGAUGGAAAAUGCUCAUUUCAGAUGUAUACAUACAUAUACAUGUUUUUAAAAUGUUUUAUUGAUACAUACGUAUAUUUUACAUAUUGUGUGUAAUAACUUAAUCAUUUUCGCCUGAUCAAGCGUUAUGUACGCACCUAAGGAUAUUCUAUUAAUUGCAUACUCAACACCCAACAUUCUUAUAUUUACUGUUUAUCCUUACAAACGUCUAUUUGGGUUUUUACAAAUCUGAUAUAUAACUAAAAUUUGUCAUUCGACAAAGAUGUCUACUAUCUUUAUACCAUAAUCUAACUAUUUAAGGCUAGCACCUAUAUAUGCCGCAUAAUUUUAUAUGUUCAAUACCCCAUGAAAAAUAUAUUAUACCUGUUUACUAGACUUUGAUUAACUGAAUGUGAGUCUUUUUAUGUUCAAGUAUCACAUGAGUUUUGUGUUAGUCAUUCAACUAAGACGUCUUAUGUAUGUAUAUAAGAAAGCUAUAUUGAUACAACAAUCAUACUGAGUAAGGUUCUCGCUUAUAUGUGACCCGCCAUGACAUUUUAAGGGUUAUGGAGGUAUAACGUCAAUGAUAGAGAAACGCCGUUAAAUAUGAACAUUACGUCACAUUUUGUAAACAUACUGAAGUGAAAGUCAAAUACUACUUUAUAAUCCAAUUUUUAUCAAAAGUUGCCAUUGAACAAUAUAAGUAUCACACGACAAUUUGUCUAGGUUAGGUCCAGACAAUACACGUAAUUAGAUGGACGUGAAGAUAUGUGAUGAAUUAUGAGGAGUCGAAAUCCCCGAAAUAUCCAUAUAUAAAUAAACAGAAAGAUCAGAAACAAUAUUAGACAUUUAUCAUAGAGGUCCAAAGAAGUCGUUGUUAGCAUGGUAUAUUUAAAAUAUAUUUUACUUCAUAAGUUGAAGCCUGGUAGAAAUAAUAUAUAAAUUUAAAGUAAAUCCAAAGUUUACAAAUUAAAGAUUGUUUUUAGAUAGUUCCUUCAAUUUCCUCUGGUAUUUAAUUGUCGUUUGGGAGUAUUUGUGGAGAAGAUUAACCAUUUUACUUUGGUUACAUUCUUAUUAAGUUUUACGUUUUUGUUUGACUUUGAAAUUACUUUAUGCUGCAAAAAUUAAUAAAAAAAGCUUUCAAAAUUAUCUGCUCUAUAGAGUUUUCAUAGAUAGAAGCAUUAAAAUGGCAUCAUUAUAAUUAAUGCACCGUCAAUUUGAGAACUACGACUUAUAUAAACCGUGACGCCUCGCAUGCUAUGUUUGGUAGAGACUUGCAUAAUUAAACUUUAAAAGAAAAAAAACCUGACUACAGACAAAGUUCAAAUUACAUUUUCAAAAAAAAGAGCAAAUAGCUGUUUUUCGUACAUUUGAAACUCUGUUCAAAUAGGCCGUUAUAAUUUACCAAUGAAAUGAAUAAUGUGUCCUCUCAAACAAAAUGCGUUCGUUAAUAAAAAAAAUUAAUCGAAUAUUCCUUAUGUGGAUUUACAAAAAGACCCAUUACACUGUUGUUUCAACAAAUUUGUUAUAAUAACUUGACAGGAUGUUUUUCUCUCAGUAUGUACUGGAUAAAUAUGCAAUAAGCCCAUUUUAGACCAGGUACCUCCAUAAGCCUUGAAAUCUCAUAGCCAUUCAUAUAUGCGGUUUUGUUUAUACAUGUCAAAUUGCACUUGUUUUCUUUACUUGAGUGAAAUGGACUUAGCUUUUUUUAUUAGACGAAUUUCAAGCAUUACAAUAGAUUUGUGUUAACGUAAUAUAUACUUUGAUUAAUCAAUUAUUUAAAACUUAAGUGCCAAUCUGUCUAAGAAUCAAACAGUGGUGAAAACAUGACCAAAAAAACCCCACUAAAGUUUACAUUAAUUUAAUUUCAAAAUGUAUAAUGGUGAACGAAUAUAACAUUUGUUUUCUUUUCCUGUUAUAGUAGUUUAGGAUAUAAUUUGGUUUAAAUGGACUAGAAAUUACCAAUUAAGGGGAGCUAACUCCAUAAUUUGCUAUCAUUCUAAACUAAAUUUAUAUAGAGAUUUCUCUAAUUACCAGACACACAGAAACGAACGACUUAUCAUUUCUAACUCAGGAUGAAGGCAACUUCAAAAUAUGAUGGUUAGGUUAGCGGUUUUUUUUUAUCUAUAUUUGAAAUUUUUUCUAAAUUGUCAGAUUCUUACAAAGACUGUUACUCAAAAUAGAAAGAAGAUAUCAAUGGAGCAAUUGAAAACUUGAAUUAAAUGCUGACGGACAACACCAUGACAAAAAAGAAAAAAAAAGUCGAAUAUUUCUCCUAUUUGAAACCUGAAUAAGCAUUUCCUGUAAUAACGUGACGAUAUAUUCGUAAUAUUGGUAGGGUAUAUGCACAUCGUAGUUAUAAUCGUCGACGUCACCCAUCUUUCAUCGACCAGUAUGAUUUGAUUGGUUCUAUUUAAGUUGAACGUGUUGAAUCGUACUGAAAAGUUACAACAUUGGAGCAGGAUUUGUAUUACAAUACGGUACCCUGACCCUGCAUGUCUUUUCAUUAAAUACUGAAGGGUACCUUAUUUUACAUUUUAUAAGGGUUGGCAAAGAGUGUUGGCUGUCUUUCUUUGAUUUGUAGGUUUUGAUGACCUGCUUGUUAUUUUCCUAUUUUUUUUAAAGUAAUCAUAAUUUUUCAAAUUUGAUUUAUAAGUAUCAUGUAUGUUUUCAAGAUUUCGAAUGAAAUCAAAUGUUGGUAAUAUAAAAAAGAGGGUUAAGAUCAAGGAGAGGCCGUUGUCCGAUAUUUUUUUAUAUUUUAAUUUUUUAGGAUUCGAUAAUUCAAAAAGUGAUCAAGCUUUUGUUGACUUGCUGAUUUUUUCAUGAUGUAUUCGUUGUAACCCAUUAUUUCUAUGUACUUUUAUAUUAUAUAAAGUCAGUAGAAAUUAUAUCUUGCCAAUUGUGAUUAUAGUAAACUCCCUUUAUUAUUUAUUUUUAUAAAAUAAAAAGUUUCAGUAUUGA